UCACGUUAAGUCGGAAUUAGUUUCGACUGUUCGAAAUUGUCUGGAGCAAAUAAAUCCGCCAUAGGUAUAAGCGCCAGGAUCGACCGACAGUGAGCCAUCGAAUAUAAACGAACAGUCCAGCUCUGUAUUAGCCGGGCAAUUUUACUUUCCGUCCCAUUCUUCGGCGUGGUAUUUGGUGUGAAUGCAGCCAGAGGACUCGGCCAUACCUCCACCUUCUCAUCGAAGUUUCUCACUUCGCUUUCACUGAGAGAAUAUACCGCCACGGUGACACAGUGCGCCAGUGAUUACGAAAACGUAAAGAUCGAUCGAGUCUUGAGAAACAAUGAGAGGUGUCGUCAUCACGCUUGUUGCCCUGUUGGGUGUCAGCCUUGCCGAUGUAUCUCACAUCGUCCCCCACAACAGCGGCAUCACUGAAACGACUUCGCCGUCACCUCCGUCACCCUACAGCUUCCAAUACGCCGCAGGCAGAUAUCCGGGUCACAUUGACCGCGUUCACCAAGAGGCUGGAGAUGGCGUUGGCACUAUUCACGGAAUGUACUCCUACGUCGAUCCGAAAUUCAAAGUGCGGACCGUCGAGUACAUCGCGGAUAAAACCGGCUUUCAUCCUCACCUGACGAACUUUGAGGAUACUCAGACCGUUCCGGUCGACUCCGAAGCCGUUCAACUUGCCAAGCAAAAACACCAGGCUCUCUACGAGCACAUUGCUAAUGCACACGCUCAAGGGGUUCCAGCAAAUGCACCGGCGGAAUCAGCCAGCGUUCUGCGAGCGAAGGAACGACAUUUACGACUGUAUGCCAAGAUUGCCGAUCAGCAUGCUGCCAUUGCUGCAGAAAGAGAAGCCGAACGUCUCGCGUUUGAAGCCACGUCUGUGGCUAACGAUGUCGAGGAGCGACAAAUCUACUAAUAAUCAUCUUUCGUUACGACGAUUCUCGAUCUUGACGCCAAGGAUGAAUAAACAACUCGAUUAGCUAUAUACACUAUGCCAGAUUUGUAUAGCCACUAGCGGUGAAAUUAAGCUAUAAUUAACGGUCAAUUUAACUCACUGGAUGAUGUUGCAUCGAUUUCUAUAAUAGUAUCACAAGUACGUCGCAACUUCAUUGAACUCUUUGAAAAAUUGCCCUAUAUCAGAUAAUUAAUAAUGUAAUAAAUCAAAUAUGUUAUACAUUAUUCGUACAGAUUUAGUAAACGUUUAUGUUUUAUGCGAAUCUAAUUUAUGUGUAUACGAAUUAUAUUACCCAAUUUGUUAGUUUCGAACGUCAGGUGAUAUUCUAAAAAGCACGCGACAGUGAUUAUAAUACUACACCAGUAACAGCAUCCGGUGUUGCAAAACUUGUCAAUCUUCGCGCAUGUAUAUUUAAUUAUUCGUCUUUUUUACCGAUCGUGAUACCUUUCCGGAUCAAAAUCUUCUUUGAACGCGUGUCAACUGCAGAUUAUAAUUAGUGCAUUUAUACGGAAACCGGAAGCUUUAGGGAGGUAGCACAAUUCGCUGCGCAAUAGUAAUCAUUCGCCGAUCAGAUAAACUGUACAAAGGUGUCACUCCUUUAUAAAAAUCCCGAAUGACAAAGUGAAGUUCAUCAGUACUCGUUCAUCAUGCUCCAAACGAAGAUCCUUGCUGUUGGGUUUUUCCUUGCGCUAUUUCUUAGUGCAGUUACGUUAGCAAUGCCUUCAAACGAACGGAAUUCUCACAUUGCUGGUUUCAACUCCGAGCAAUUCGGCAGUUCAUCCUGCCGUGGUUCGCAUGGUCGUGGUCGUGGACGCGGUUCACAGACUUCUGAACCAGCACCAUCUGAGGAUGGAGGUGAUACGGUUUCAGAUACAACCGCUGACUCAUCUUGAAACAACACCAGCCGUACAAAAGGAACAAUAGUGGUUUGUAGAUAACUGGGUAUAGAUUACAAUUUUUUGCUUUUAAUUGUGUAUAACAGAAAGUGCAACUGAAGCUUACAGUAUGAGUGUUAGAAGAAAAUAAUUUGCAUAUCCCGUACACGAAACGUAGGCUUUUAUUUUCUUUAAAACAAUAGGAAGAAAUUUCAGGAUAAAAAUGUGAUUACAAAUGAUGUAUAUAUGUAUCUUAAUAAUACCGUAUCAUAUUGAGCAGUCACUGUUUGUCGUGGAGUAUCGGUAAAUGUAACACAAUUUCCUGGUACAAUUGACAAUAUAAGUUACACUAUAAAUUAA